CACAGGAGAGUCUGACAACCCUUCGCGCCUGUGGCCGAGGACCUUGUCUUGACAUAUGUCCAGAAGAGCAGAAAUACUGAUGGAAAGCAACAUGCAGGAUCUGGCUGUGGAGAAACCUCAGUGGGAUGUGGGGAGUCAGCCCUCGGGGAAGAUCCUCUCCCUGGACAGGCAAGGGGCCAAGAAAGUGCUGGAGAUCUACGUCCAGCGCUCGCUGAGCUGCUGCGAGAAGUCCGCUGCGAAGAAAUUCCAGGAGGGAUCCAGAAGGAGAGGGAAGAAGGGAGAUGGGCUGCAAAGAUCGAAAAGCGACUUCUGCAAGUAUUCCUGUGCCAAACUCAGCCCCAGGAAGGACCAAGAGGAGGGACCCAAAGCAUCGGAGCUGGAUGAGGCUCUGGAUGAUGAGAGCAAAGCUCCCGGGGAGGUCCCUAAAGAGGAGCCGGAGCCCAAGAGGAAAAGCACAAAAAACUCUUCCCAGGGCAAAACCCAACGCACCUGGUUCAAAAGUCUCUUAAAUUUGCUCUUCAAGAAGAGCCCUGAGGAUCAGAAGGAAAACACAGGGCAAAAAGCAAAGGAGAAAGAUGCCAAAGCUCCUCACAGCUCCAAACCAGAAGGGGCUAAAAGACCCGGAGUGGAACUGGGCACAUCCCCACCGCUGGGCAGAGCCCUGAAGAAGAGACCCAGCCUCAAGAAGGUUUUCUCCUUCAAGAAGCACUCGGAGGAGGAGAAGGGAGAAACCGCAGCUGGGGCAAGGGCCAAGAGACCCAGCUGCCUUCCCCUGAGGCACAUCCAGGCACCAGCCACCCCAGAAGCAGACCAGCCUGACGGUUACUACACACGAGUCUCAGAAGAGAUCGGGCUGAUCGUGCAGGGCAGUGAGAGCCAAGGCAGCAGAGGACGUGGACGUGGGGAGCCACCACAGCCGGGCAGUGCCGACGCCAUCGAUGAAGCCAUCAAGAGAAUUGUUGCCCUGCUCCAGAGUGCGGGAGAUGAGCUGGACAGGCAGGUGAGGGAGGACGUGCGGCUACGGAAGUUCUUCAGAGACAUGUCCUACAGCUCCUUCAAGAACCUGGCUGAUGCCUACGUCCGCAGGGAGAUGACGGCCAGCAGACCCGACGUCAACCCCCAGGAGAUCCAGUUCGCCUUCGCCGUCCACCUCACGGCCAAGGUGGCCGGUAUCUGCAACCAGGCCGUCAACAGGAUCAUGGGCUUCGGCACCCGCUACCUGGAAGACUCCUUUGCACCCUUGUCCUACAGCAAAAUUCUCCAGCAGGACAGAGAGAAGUUCAGCACAGACAACUGCCAGAGCCCAGACUGACGUCGGCUGCUCCCAAGGGAAGCCAAGGAUGGAGAUUUACUGGUGGGGUGGACAGUCCCUGAUGGUGACCUGGAUGGAUGGAGGGUGGUUUUUUGAGCUGUGGAUUUACCACCUUCUGAGGAAACCCACAGUGACAGCCACAGCAACACGAACUGCUUAAAAACCAGCUGGCUGGGGGCAAGGAAGUGUGAAAAAUCAAACAAAGCCCGAAUUUCACCCUGUAUUUGCAUUUUAGCUCUCACCACGGGCGUGUGUUGAACCUCGUGGUUUGUGCUUGUGUAUUUAUU